AUGGCUUGGGUGUCGUUGCUAAUCCGACUAGGGUAUCUCCAAGGUCUCAAUGUCGAAGGAAUGCUGCCAUAUGUUGAUUAUUAUAACAUCAUAUCGUACGAUAUCCACGGUACCUGGGAUGGCAACAGUGAACACACUAACCCCGUGAUUAAUCCUCACACCAACCUAACAGUGAUAGCUCAGGGCUUGGACCUUCUCUGGCGCAAUUUGGUCGGCCCCAGCAAAGUUAACCUUGGGCUUGCCUUUUACGGCCGGUCGUUUAGACUAGAGGAUAACUCGUGUAAUGUCCCUGGAUAUCCAUUCUAUAAGCCGAGCGGUCGUGGUGCCAAUCCAGGCAGCUGUACGGGGACCAGUGGCAUUCUAUUGAAUUAUGAAGUUCACCGGAUUCUGGAAAACUACCGGCCCGAAGUGAUCUACGACGCGGACGCCGGGGUGAACUAG